AUGGAAAAUCAACCACCUCCACCGUCGCUUACAAACCCCCGCUUCACCUUAGAACUCGAGUUCGUCCUAUCACUCGCCAACCCAUACUACCUCUCCCACCUUGCAAUCAGCUUCCCGAAUCUCCUCGGUACGUCGACGGUGGACGAGAAGGGCGACGACAAUGCAGGCGACGAGGCCACAUCGUCUGCCUCGGGGAAAGAAGCGCGCGCCUUCCAAGCAUAUCUUGCGUACCUCUACUCUUACUGGAAGAUGCCCGAGUACGCGCAGUUCCUAACACACCCUGGCGCGACACUGCGAGCGCUCCGGCUGUUACAGGAAGAUUCGUUUCGGCGUGAUAUUAUUCGGCCCCAGGUAAUCGAGAGCUUGCUAGCUGCCGGGGACGAGGAGCAAGCAGCUACCACCGGGCCGGAGAAUGAGGACUCGGUCGAGCAUCACAACGGGAUACAAGCAUCGUGA